CAGAGGUUGGGGAUGGUGGGAAGGGACAGCAGGGAGAGGGAAGGGUAACACUUAGGAAGGUCUUUGUGGUGUUGAAAGAGUAUAUCUUGAUUGUGGUAGUGGUUACACAAAUAUACACGUGAUAAAAAGUAGAAGUAUACACAAUGUACAAGUGUCAAUUUCCUGAUUUUUAUACUAAACUACUUAUGUAAGUUGUACUUGUUGAGGGAAACUGGGGGAAGGGUAUUAUUUUUCCAACUUGCUGUGAAUUGAACUCAAAAUGAAAGGUAAAACAAGACCCUAAAAAACCAUGACCAAGUGCACUGCGUGAAACUGAUUUGGAAGAACAAAAUUAUGAAAUAUAUAUUUUAGGGUGGUUGGGAGACUUUAAUAUGAUUGGAUAUUAGAUGAUAUUAGGGAAUUGUUAAUUUUCUUACCAUUAUGUAAUGGUGGUAUAACGUUUGGAGAAUAUUAUGAAAGAAUGCAUAUUGAAGUAUUUGGAAUGAAGUGUUUUGAUGUUUACAACUUUCAAAAAAUUUUUUUCCAGUAUAUACAGAGAGAUCAGGCAAACGUAGGCAAGUGUUGAGUCCAGAUGGAGGAUACAGGUACUCAUUGUACCAUUCUUUAAACUUUUCUGUACUGUUGAUAUUUUCAAAAUAAAACGUUUGGGGCAAAAUUAUCAGGGCGUUCUACAGACGAAUGCUUUGUAGCUUCAGGCUCCUGCGUACACGCCUCGCCCAACCACUGCCGAGCCAGGGGAUGUCCCCUUUCCUGAGGCUUUAGGGCCACAGUCCGCCUGCACCCUCCUACGCACUUUUAUUCCCAUCCCUGGUCCGCAGCGAUAUUGGACACCUAUCGAGAAGAUAGCACCUCCGACAUUCCUAGAGAGGCCGGCUUGGGGACUUGGGAAGCCGGAAGCCCGUCUCCAGGCACUUCCUGUCCGGUCAUUGUUCUCGCACCGGUAGGCGCGGGGCGCAUGAUCUAGCCUAUGUUCUGCUGCAGAGCCCGCGAGCUCUGGCCCGGCCUUUCCGCGGUGCUCGACAGUAUCAUCCUGGCCCUGAGAAGAAACUCAAGAAGAAACUUAAAGAUUAGAUGGGGCUUGACCUCUGCUGGGCAGCCCCCAGCUAUAAGAGUUCCCCUCCUGAGCAGAGACGAUGACUGCAGAACUGAGAGAGGCCAUGGCCUUAGCCCCCUGGGGCUCAGUGACAGUGAAAAAGGAGGAGGAAGAGGAAGAAAACUUCCUAGGUCAGGCAUCUAGCCAACAAGUGCACUCGGAGAACAUCAAAGUCUGGGCUCCUGGGGAAAGUCCCCAGACAGGCCUUGUCAUAUCAGAACAGGAGGAAAAGGAUCCAAACAUGUUCUGGAACAUGGCUGUAGUCCUGAAAGCAACACAGGAGGCACCUUCUGCCUCAGCCCUUGGCACCUGCUCAUUAUCAGGGACUCUGGCCAAGAGUGAGAUACUGGAGACACAUGGGAACAUGACCUCUCUAGGUGCUGAAACCAAGAACCCACAGUUACUGGUUCCAAAAACUGAGAUAUGUGAUGAAGCAGAAAAACCCUGCAUAAUGCCAGGAAGAAUCCAGAAAGUUAAUCCUCCAGAACCUGAGUUAGGAGAAGCCUGUGAAAAAGGGAACCUGUUAAAGAAGCAGAGAAUCAAGAGGGAAAAGAAAGAUUUCAGACAAGUGACAGUGAAGGACUGUCAUGUACCUGAAAGCUUCAAAGUAGAGGAAAACCAGAAAUGUCAGGAAUCUGGGGAAAGGUAUAGCCUUAGUUCUAGCUCUGUUAAAAAUCAGAAAAGCCAGCCUGGACAGAAGCCUUUUACAUGUAGUGUGUGUGGAAAAGGCUUUAGUCAGAGUGCAAACCUCGUAGUGCAUCAGCGAAUCCACACAGGGGAGAAGCCCUUUGAAUGUCAUGAGUGUGGGAAGGCCUUCAUUCAGAGUGCAAACCUUGUUGUGCAUCAGCGAAUCCACACUGGACAGAAGCCGUAUGUUUGUUCAAAAUGUGGGAAAGCCUUCACUCAGAGUUCAAAUCUGACCGUACAUCAAAAAAUCCACUCCUUAGAAAAAACCUUUAAGUGUAGUGAAUGUGAGAAAGCCUUCAGUUAUAGCUCACAACUUGCUCGGCACCAGAAAGUCCACAUUACAGAAAAAUGCUAUGAAUGUAAUGAGUGUGGGAAAACAUUUACUCGGAGCUCAAACCUCAUUGUCCACCAGAGGAUCCACACUGGGGAGAAGCCCUUUGCCUGUAACGAUUGUGGCAAAGCCUUCACCCAGAGUGCAAACCUUAUUGUGCAUCAGCGAAGCCAUACUGGUGAGAAGCCAUAUGAGUGUAAAGAAUGUGGAAAAGCCUUUAGUUGUUUUUCGCACCUUAUUGUGCACCAGAGAAUUCACACUGCAGAGAAACCUUAUGAUUGCAGUGAGUGUGGAAAAGCCUUCAGUCAGCUCUCUUGCCUUAUUGUGCAUCAGAGGAUUCACAGUGGAGAUCUCCCUUAUGUGUGUAAUGAGUGUGGGAAGGCCUUCACGUGUAGCUCAUACCUGCUUAUUCAUCAGAGAAUUCAUAAUGGGGAGAAACCUUACACAUGCAAUGAGUGUGGCAAGGCCUUCCGGCAGAGGUCGAGUCUCACUGUGCACCAGAGAACCCACACUGGGGAGAAGCCCUACGAGUGUGCCAAGUGUGGUGCGGCUUUCAUUUCUAACUCGCACCUCAUGCGACACCACAGAACUCAUCUUGUUGAGUGACAAGUACUUGUUACUCCAGGCAUUGAUCAUAAUCCACUGCCCCCUAAUUGGACACGUCUUUGCUGUUUUUGUUUGUAAAAAUGAGGCCCGCCAUGUUACAAGUAACAGUUUUCAAGAAUGCAGCACAGAACACAAGACAAGCAUUUCAGAGGCUGACUUAAAGAAAGUGAAAGCAUCUAAAGGCAAGGACUGUGUUUUAAACUGUGCCCUCAGUAGUCCUGUUUGAAAUGAAAUGUGGCUUUCUUUAAAAUGGGUCAUGCAAAGCUAAGUGAUAAAGAUCCUGUUUGAGGAAAGGUAUUUUUAGCUUAAUUUUGUUUUUUGAGCCUGGUAAUUUCUUGAGCAACAGGCAGGUUGUUGGUAUAGGUCUGCCUGGUGCAAUUCUGGAGCUUUGAACCUUGUAUUCUAGUAUUUGGGUUAAGCAGUGAUUAAUUAAGGAAAUCACUUGGGGUAGCAAUUCACCAACAACUCACCUAUGAACAUUGAUUAGCUUUCCAUUCCUUAGGUAAUUUAAACAAAAAAACACCCUAUUAACUGUCUCCUGGUCCUAAAAUGGAUAGAAGUAGGAAACAGCUGUUUCUCUUAUUAUCUGUGACUCGUGAACCUUGGUGUAGUAAAGCUCUGGGGACCUCUGAUGAGUCUUUUCUUCCCAGUGUGCAGGGCCAAACACUGGAGGGUUGAUGGAGACAACACGCUGGGGCCACAAAUGUGCUGGCCUGUAUUCAUUUGCUAAGAUCAACAACUCUAAGUGACCCUAACUCCCAUUGUACUCCCAUUGGAGUAAGAUGCCUGUGACACUCCCCAGAUAGAGGAGUCAAAGAAUAAAGCUUGCCGAGAGGCAUAGCCACGUUGUCUAUGCUCAUUCUGCUUAGGCUCAGGGAGCUCAAUUUGGGUGUUAUUCUCACUUUCUGGCUGGUCUUUAGAAGAACUAAUGGAGUCCUAAUUCUGAGAGGGAGGAGGAAGAAUGGGACUCCUUAGGUCUUAAUUUGGUUUUUUUUUUUUUGAGAAGUUCAAAGGUAUUGGAAUAUGAAAACUUAGAAGGAUGAAGAAACUGGCUAAGGUAAGAACCUUUGUUACCAUUGAGCCUUUAUUCUUAGUAAAAUGAUUUAUAAAACUAUGCAAUAGGUAGUUAUGUAAUAUUGCCUUGUAUUUAUAUAGAACUUAAUUCUUUGUUUAAAUUUGAUUAUGCACCUUCAUGUAUAAAAACAAGAUUCCCAGCACUUCUCUCAUGCUUUCACAUAGAUCCUUACCUUAAUCUUUAGAACACUGAAAGAGCUGUUUGCCCCAUUUAUCUGAGAGUGGUCAAACAGCAAAUAACAGCCUACAUUCAAAUCCAGGACUUAAAUCUGGGUUCUCUUUGUUCUGCCAUGCUGUGUGUCUAACCACCUGUAAUCCUCACCUGGGUCUGUGCAGAGCCUGAGAAAGGGGUAUAUGGUCUCAUUUUCAGGUGAGGAAGCUGAGUGACAGAUUUGGGGAUGUGCCUUAGGCAGAGUAACCAGUAAGCAGCAAAUCUGAGACUAAUUUGAGUUUCCCAAAUUCUGGAUCUCUCUCCUCACCCCAUUCAGCAAGCAGGUGCAUAUCGUAAGUGCCCUACCUGUUGAUAAGCGAUCUGGUGUGACUGUCAGUAGAAGUCCCACCAUUGGGACUCAUACUGGCUCAUUUGUAUUUUACAGAGCAGUUUUAAUGCAUAGAAGGCAUAUGUAUAAACAGGAAAGCUUGUUUAUUUUCUCUUCCCCCUUCUCUUCAACCGUGGUGUUUUAUCCAGGCAUGUGCGCCUUCUUUUCCCAGUUGCAUUGUCAGUCAUACACAACUGUAAGAAGUCAGUAGAAUUCAAAAGUGAGAAUCAAAAAUGCUCAUGUCCUCACUGACCCUGACAGUCCCUAUUCCUGUCUCCUAGCUAGCAGUGGAGAGACCCAAAGAUAAGACCUCAUGCUGAGAAUAGGAACAAGCUUAGGUUUUUCCCUCUGCAGGAUCAGGAAGCCCAGAAGAUAGGGAGAGCAGGUCUGAUGAUUUGGGAUAAAUUGGUGAUCUAGACCUAUCAAGAGACCAAAAGUACUUUCCUGAAAGGUACCAGCUGGGACUUAUGACCAUUGGGGCAGUUAAAUUGUUUUAGUUCCACAUUGUGUGUUCAUCCUCAUAAUUGGAUGCUCAUCAUGGAUGAUUGUGAUUUCCUGGCUAAAGGUUGCUAUUCAUAGACAAUUCAGAAAAGGCUACUCAGGUGAUUGUGAUGUGAAGGUAAAGGUGAAGCUUGAUUUGGGAAUCAGACCCAACUUCUCAGUGAAACAGUGGUUUUCACUUAGCUGCAUGUUAAAAUCACCUAGUGUGCUUAAGAAAAUUUCCAGUCCCAGGGCCCAGUAUUUUUUUUAGUUCUGGAGGGAACCCAGUGUGUAACCAAGGUAAUGGCCACUGUAGUCAAAUAAAGUCUGCAGGCCACAAAUACAUGUGAUCAAAGGUGGAGUGGGGAAGCCCUAGAAUAAAGAUCUGGAUGUGUGUGUGUAGAGUGUUCUGUGUGGUUUCAGCAAAACAAGAUGCUAACGACAUUGUCUGUACUGGUGUCCUGUACCUUGGCUGUGAGGAUUCUGUGACUGACUCUGUUUGUAUUUUAAGUGAUAUACCACACUUUUUAUUUAUAUGAGCAAGCCACGUUUUACAUAACAUACUUUUAUAUUCCUCAUUCAACAAAAUGACUUUUUACAUUUCUACUGUAUUUCAUUUCAGGGUCUGGGUUUCCACAAACCUUCACCCACGUUCAGGACCUCCAGUCCUUCACAAAUCACGGGAACCUAAUGGAUUACUAGAUAGACCAGAUCCUUACCCAACUAACAACUCUUGCUUCCAGUUCAACGCCAGCCCUCAAAAUAAAUUACAGCCCUCCUUUUUCUGUAUGGUUCCUGAUAAAUGACAAGGGACUGCUCCUUAUUGUCAGAUUUGGCUUAGCUUUUCCUUUUCCCAGAGGUCAGCUCCUUUCUCCUUUUGCUGUUAUUUCUAGAAGUGGAUGGGAACUCUGAAGCCCUGCUUCUUAAGUUGCCAAGAGCUAUCAAGGAGCCAGACCAGCUGAGCCAAGAAGUCUCAAAUGAGACCAACAGUUAUGUAUCAGGUGGAGCACAGUGAUGUAAAAGUGAUAAUGAAAUCUUGUAUUUUGCGGGGCACAGGUGAGAGACUCUUCAUUGAGACACACACAGACGCACACCCCUACGUCCCUCAAACAUUUGCCCGUGAAUUCCUCUAGGCUCAGGAAGAGGUGUUUGGGGCAAGGCUAAUAUUCUAUGUUUUGGGUCCCCUCCCUUCCUUGCCUAGGUAGUUGUCCUCCCACAUCUGUCACUUCACUUGCUCCAUUCUGUGCUCAAUCUUUCACAGCCCCUUUGAGGAUCUAAUGGGGUUGAAGAUACUCUUCCAGAGAAAUGCAGAUAGCACAUUCAGUUUUGCACUCAUUUGUGGGGGUGCAGAUAAGCUUCCUAAGGCCAGUUAUUGGCUCCUUUAGGGUGUAAAGUCACACUUGGGAAUGCACUACAUAAUUGCCAUUGACUUUUAUUUUUAACUUAUUUUAUUUUAUUCUUUUUAAAUGAGCUCUACACCCAGCAUGGAGCCCAACGUGGGGCUUGAACCCUGAAAUUAAGACCUGAGCUGAGAUCCAAGAUUCAGUCACUUAACUGAGUCACCCAAGUGCCCCAUUACCAGUGACAUUUUUAAAAAAUGAGGUUGGGGGUGCCUGGGUGGCUCAGUCAGUUAAGCCUCUGAUUCCUGAUUUUGGCUCAGGUACUAAUCACAGUCAUGAGAUGGGGCUCUGCACUGGGCAUGGUGCCUGCUUAAGAUUCUCUUUCUCCCUCUGCCCCUUGCCUACUGGUGUAUGCUCUC